AUGAAGCCUGAAAAUUUCGUUCAAGAAGCAAGAUUGAUUUUGGCUUCAGGGCAUUUCAAUUUGAGAUGUUGGCGAUCAAAUUUUCGCAUUGACAUGAUCGAUGAGAUAGAGAGCAAGACGAAAGUUGUCCCAGUAUUAGGAUUAGUAUGGGAUUUAGAAAAAGAUAGUUUGAGUUGCAAGAUCGAAGAAACAUUUAACUUGAGGGAACCUAUUACCAAAAGAAAAGUUUUGUCAAUUACCCAGAAAAUUUUUGAUCCCAUUGGCUUUACUGCACCGAUAACUGUAAUUCCUAAGCUAAUUUUGCAAGAAACAUGGAACCAGAAGAUUAAGUGGGAUGAAGAUCUUCCUCUUCCCCUAAGUGAGCAGUUUGGGACUUGGUUGAACCAAUUGCCUCUGCUAUCUCAGAUUGAAAUUCCUCGUUGGUUAAAUAUUGAUUACGAAAACGAAGAUACCGUAGUGCUCCACGUUUUUUCGGAUGCUAGUAAAAGAGCCUAUGCCACAUGUGCAUUUUUAAGAGCUGAAACCAUCGAAGGUGUAAAGGUUCAGUUAGUAAGCGCGAGAAGUCGAAUAGCCCCUAUUAAGGAACUUACGAUUCCACGGCUUGAACUUCUUUCCUGUCUGAUAGGUGCCAGGCUUGCCAAAACAAUUCUAUCAGAUUUGAAACUUAAGAAUUGUAGAACAGUGUUCUGGAGUGAUUCUUCUACAGCUUUGGGGUGGAUAAGAAGGGAUCAAGCAUGGGGUACGUUUGUUAACAAUCGAGUACAAGAAAUAAGAUCGCUUACCAGAAUAUCUGACUGGAGGCAUGUACCUGGAAGUUUAAACCCAGCGGAUCUCCCAUCGAGAGGAUGUACUAUUGAGCAAUUACAGAAAUCGGCAUGGUGGGAGGGCCCAUCGUGGCUUUACUUACCAGAAGACGAGUGGCCCCAUGUAGAAGAAAAGCCUGAUGAAGAACUUAUAAACAAAGAAAAAAGGAAAACGAUUUUGACUCUUCUAGAUCAUGGAGACAAUUUGGACCGGUACUACAAAUAUUUCUCUUCAUUUAGAAAAACCGUGAGAAUGAUCGCUUGGAUUUUCAGGUUUUAUCACAAUUUAAAGAACAAAGAUAAAAACCUCACUCCUGAUGUCUCAGUUGAUGAAUUGGAGAAUGCUGAAAAGGCACUUUGUAGAUUGGUACAGAAAGAAUCAUUUACAGGCAUAAACGAUCCCGCCAUUCGUGCGCUGAGACCAAUCGUAGACCAAAAUGGAAUUUUAAGAGCCAAAACGAACGUCCUACAGCGUCAAGAUAAUGAAAAUUUCCGAUAUCCUAUCAUUUUACCUUCAAAACAUAUUCUUGUUGAGAGACUAAUUUACGAGAAACAUCUAGAACUCCAGCAUGCUGGUGUCAGCACUUUAAUGACAAAUCUUAGAGAAAACUUUUGGAUAUUAAAAUCCAGAAAAAGUAUUCGAAAUAUUAUCAGAAAAUGUGUAAGAUGUAAAAGAUUUGUUUCACAAAGAGUGGAAGUCGAGCCAGGAUUUCCACCCGAAGAUCGAGUCAGAGAAGGGGCGACUUUUGAAGUCGUCGGUGUAGAUCUAGCGGGUCCUCUCUAUCUCCGUGAGGGGUCUAAAGCGUGGAUAGUCUUGUAUACAUGUGCCAUUUAUAGAGCCAUUCACCUCGAACUAGUUACUUCUCUAUCUACAGAAACUUUCAUCCAAUCUUUACGUAGAUUCAUUGCCAGAAGAGGUAGACCUUAUGUGAUAUAUUCCGACAACGGAACUAAUUUUGUAGGGACUAACAGUGUUCUUAAGAAAGUUAAUUGGAACGCCAUAUGUUCAGCUGCUUCUAUCCAAAGGAUACGAUGGAAGUUCAACCCUCCGACCGCCGCCUGGUGGGGAGGUUGGUGGGAGAGGCUUGUGCGAAUGGUGAAAGAAAAUUUAAGAAGAGUGUUAGGUCGAACGUCCUUAAAUUAUGAAGAAUUAUAUACUAUAUUAUGUGACUGUGAACAAGUGAUUAAUUCGCGACCUAUCACAUACGUAUCAGAGGAUAAUCAAGAUCCAUCACCACUGACCCCUAUGAUGUUUCCUGCAAGAAUUGCCGUCAUCAGGAGUUCCUGA